GUUGGCAAUUUCCGGCCUCUGUUUUUGUUGUGAAGAUGGCGGUGUGUAGUGAGUGUGUCUAAAAAUUAUUAAAAUAUUAAUUAAAUAGGCUUUGAUAGCUUUGUAAUUUAUUCCUGUUUACCAAAGUAACAACUCUCCGUAUCACAAUGGAGUUGGAGUUCUCAGAUGUCAAAUCUGAAGUCAAAGGAGCCAUGUGCCCCGGACGGCUGAAGUUUGCCGAACAGAACAUAAUUUUCAAAAACAGUCGCACUGGAAAAGUUGAACAGAUAAAUAGCAGUGAUGUGGAACUUGCAAACUGGCAGAAAUUCAUUGACAAUUGGGGUGUACGUUUAUUUCUUAAGAAUGGAACCUUACAUAGGUUCAGUGGAUUCAAAGAAGGCGAGAAAGAGAAAAUAGCGAAAUUCUUCAAAAGCAGCUACAGCCUGGACAUGCUGGAAAAAGAGUUGAGCGUGAAGGGUUGGAAUUGGGGGACGGCGAAGUUCAACGGCGCUGUUCUGAGCUUUGAUAUCGGCAACAAUGCCGCUUUCGAAGUGCCACUCAGCUACGUAUCGCAGUGUCCCACCGGCAAGAAUGAGGUCACCAUGGAGUUUCAUCCUAAUGACGACGCCCCAGUGAGUUUGCUAGAGAUGCGGUUCCACAUACCGCCGGCAGAGCUGGCAGGUGAUCUUGAUCCGGUUGAGGCGUUCCACAAGCAGGUCAUGAAGAACGCCAGCGUCAUUUCCGUUUCCGGAGAUGCCAUCGCUAUCUUCCGGGAGAUCUAUUGUCUCACUCCCAGAGGUCGUUACGACAUAAAAAUAUUCCAGGCGUUCUUUCAACUUCACGGAAAGACGUUCGAUUACAAAAUUCCCACUUCAACUGUUCUAAGACUGUUCAUGCUGCCUCACAAAGAUGGCCGACAAUUUUUCUUUGUGAUAAGUCUUGACCCGCCAAUAAAACAAGGUCAAACCAGGUACCACUAUCUUGUAUUCCUUUUUGGACAAGAUGAUGAAACUUCAAUUGAACUUCCGUUCACUGAAGAAGAACUGAAAGAGAAGUACGAAGACAAACUCGAAAAAGAAAUUCAGGGCCCAACCUUCGAAGUCCUUGGAAAAGUGAUGAAAGCAAUUGUGAAUAGAAAGAUAACCACUCCUGGAAAUUUCAAAGGUGCAUCUGGAACACCAGCGAUUGGUUGUUCGUAUAAGGCGGCUGCAGGUUAUCUGUAUCCACUGGAAAGAGGCUUCAUCUUCAUUCACAAACCUCCUCUUCAUAUAAGAUUCGAAGAGAUUGCUUCCGUGAACUUCGCUCGUAGCGGUGGCAGUACUAGGUCGUUCGAUUUUGAAGUGGAACUGAAGUCGUCGAUAGUGCACACGUUCAGCAGUAUUGAGAAGGAAGAGUAUGGCAAGCUCUACGAUUUCAUCACCGGCAAGAAACUGCGAGUCAAGAACUUGGGCAAAAUGGACAAGCCGUCGUACGGUGGUGAGGACUUUGGUGACUCGGACCAGGAGGGCGCUCCGGACGCGUACUUGGCGCGCGUGAAGCGGGAGGCGCAAGAGAGAGACGACGACGAUGAUGGAGAGGACAGCGAUGAGAGCACCGACGAGGACUUCAAUCCCAAUAUGGUCGAGAGUGACGUCGCCGAAGAGUACGACUCGAACCCAACAUCGACCGACUCGGACGAAGACUCGGCGGCCGGUUCAGGGGGAGGUGGAGGGGGAGACGACGACGGCAAAGGCGGCGGCGAAAAGAAGCAGAAGAAGAAGAAAAAGGAAAAGAAGAAGAGUAAGGAGAAGUCGGUUUCGGACAAGCCGCGCAAAGAGCGCCGGAAGAAGAAGGAGAAGGACGGCAACAUGCCAAAGCGGCCGAUGUCCGCCUUCUUCCUGUGGCUUAAUGAGAACAGGGACAAGAUCAAGGCUGAUAAUCCGGGCAUUGCGGUCACCGAUGUUGCCAAGAAGGGUAGUGAACUGUGGAAGAAGCUCUCUGAUAAGUCGGAAUGGGACGCGAAAGCGGUGAAAGCAAAGGCCGAAUACGAACAGAAGAUGAAGGAGUACAUCAGCGAUGACUCCAGCUCCGAUGAUGACGCCGAUAAAAAGAAAAAGAAGUCGCCUGUCAAAGCGGAACUGAAGAAGGAGGAGAAGAGCGACGGAGGUGCCAGCUCAGAGGCGUCGGCGGACAGCGAAAGUGAGAAAGAGGAAAAGAAGAAGAAACCAGCCAAAAAAGCGGCGCCGGCGAAAGAGGUCAAGGAGGAGAGGAGCGACGGAGGUGCCAGCUCAGAGGCGUCGGCGGACAGCGAAAGUGAGAAAGAGGAAGAGAAGAAGAAACCAGCCAAAAAGGCGUCGCCGCCGGCGAAAGAGGUCAAAGAGGAGAAGAAGAAGGGAGGAGGAAGCGCUGAUGAAGAUGAUGAUGAGGAAUUCGAUGAGGAAUCAGCUGGCACCACUCCUAAUACUUCCGAUGAUUCUGGAUCCGAUUGAAGAGAAAAUACUAAUCAGGUUUUUGUUACUAUUUCCAAAGCUAUUCUUUCUAAAAAUAUCACAUCCACAUGCUUAUUUUUGAUCAAUUACUCCGGAAGAUUCAUGUUCGAUAAAGGAAGAAAACUGAGAAUCAGGGUUUUGUUAGAAUAAUAUUUUGUAAGGGAUUCUUUCUAAAAAUAUCACAUUCACAUGUACCUUUUUGUUCAUCCCUAUACUUUGGAAGAUUCAUGUUCGUUGAAGGAAAAAAAAUGCAAAUCAGUUUUUGUUAGAAUUCUAAGGGUUUCUUUCUAAAAAUAUCACAUUCACAUGCAUCUUUUUGUUCAUCCCUAUACUUUGGAAGAUCCAUGUUCGUUAAAGGAAUGAAAAUGCAAAUCAGGUUUUUGUUAGAAUUCUAAAAUAUUCUUUCUAUAAAUAUUACAUUCACAUGUAGCCAAUACUCGUAUUUUUGUUCCAUUCAAUAUUUCGGAACAUUCAUGGUCUGUUGAGGUAGAAAACCUCAAAUCACAUGUAUAUUCUUGUUCCAUUCAAUACAUUGAAAGAUUCAUGGCAGGUAAAGGAAGAAACUGAAAAUCUAAGUGGAAGAAAACUUAAAAUCUAAGGGUUUCUUUCUAUAAAUAUCACAUUCACUUGUAUCUUCUUGUUUCACCCAAUACUUCGGAAGAUUCAUGUUCGAUAAAGGGAGAAAACUUGGAAUUACGUUUCUGUUGGAAUUCUAAAGGAUUCUUUCUAUAAAUAUUUCAUUCACAUGUAGCUCUAUUCUCGUAUUUUUUUCAUUCAAUAUUUCGGAAGAUUCAUGGUCUGUAAAGAUAGAAAGCCACAAAUCAGAUAAUUUUUGUAACUAAUAUAAUUAUUAGAAUUCAAAGUGAUUCUUCCUCAGAAUAGGUACAGUUACACAUGUACCCUUUUGUCACUUAUAGCCCAGAUAAUAUUCGAGGUGAUUCCACUAGAAAUAUGAGUUCAAUAUUUACCUUUUUGGCACUUAUAGUCUUAAUAACAUUCAAUUUUUUGACAAUUUCAUUGUCUAUUUUUUCUAGAAAUAUCAUUUCCCCGUAUGUUUUUGUUACAUCUAGGCCCAAUUGCACCCACGUCUAUCAAAUAUAACCGUGGUUAAAUGGCGUCAUUUCAUUGUCGUGUCCGAUUCGUUCAUUGGUUCUCCGUUAGGUGACGUAAUUUAACUGUGGUUAAUAGAUGUAUGUGUAACCGGUGAUAGUCUAGAUGUUUAUGGUGAUCUUUCUAGAACCAUUAAGUUCCACUGUGUCUCUUUGUUACUUAUACCCUAGUUAGCAUUUAAGGCGAUUUUUAUAGAAAUAUAAGUUUUUCAUUAUCA